CCCGGGGAACGUUGAAUCUGUGGGCCCUCUGAUGGCGUCACAAACCCGCGCCUGAUCCUGGCUACGGCCGAAGCGGCGAAGGCGGCAGCGGCGGCGACAGCUCUGGGGUUCGCGUCUCGGGGUGUGUCGGCCGCCGCUGCUGCUCAGGCCUGGAAUGUACAGAUGGCUGGCUAAGGUUCUCGGCACCAUUCUUCGCUUGUGCGAGCGUCCCGCGCCCGGGGCCCGCGCCCUGCUCAAGAGGCGGCGCUCCAGCAGCGCUCUGUUUUCUACUGCACUGGACACUGAUGAAACCCCAGCUAAAAGACCAAGAUUAGAUUGCUUCAUUCACCAAGUGAAGAACAGUCUCUACAAUGCUGCCAGUUUAUUUGGACUCCCACUCCAGCUGACCACAAAACCCAUGGUAUCUUCUGCUUGUAAUGGAACACGGAAUGUGGCCCCUUCAGGAGAGGUGUUUUCAAACUCUUCAUCUUGUGAACUGAUGAGUUCUGGAUCCUGCAGCAGCAUGCUGAAACUGGGUAAUAAAUCUCCUAACGGAAUAAGUGACUAUCCAAAGAUCAGAGUGACAGUGACCCGAGAUCAGCCACGGAGAGUCCUGCCUUCCUUUGGUUUUACGUUGAAAUCAGAAGGCUAUAAUAGAAGGCCAAGUGGUCGUCGCCAUAGCAAAAGCAAUCCAGAGAGUUCCUUAACAUGGAAACCUCAGGAGCAAGGUGUAACAGAGAUGGUUUCUGAAGAGGGUGGCAAGGGUGUGAGGCGUCCCCAUUGCACCGUGGAGGAGGGUGUGCAAAAGGAUGAAAGAGAAAAAUACCGAAAGUUAUUGGAGCGUCUUAAAGAAGGUGCUCAUGGGAGCACUUUCCCUCCUGCAGUUUCACACCACAGUUCUCAGAGAAUUCAGAUGGACACAUUAAAGACCAAAGGCUGGGUGGAAGAGCAGAACCAUGGAGUCAGAACAACCCACUUUGUUCCAAAACAGUAUAGAGUUGUUGAAACAAGAGGACCUCUCUGUUCAAUGAGAAGUGAAAAGAGGUAUUCAAAAGGAAAAGCUGAUACAGAGAAGGUGGUGGGACUCCGAUUUGAAAAGGAAGGUACAAGAGGACACCAAAUGGAGCCUGAUCUGUCAGAAGAAGUGUCUGCCCGGCUUCGCCUGGGCAGUGGAAGCAAUGGCUUACUCAGAAGGAAAAUAUCAGUGCUUGAGGCAAAGGAGAAGAACUUCCCAAGCAAAGAGAAGGACAGAAGAACAGAAGAUCUCUUUGAACUUACAGAGGACAUGGAAAAGGAAAUCAGUAAUGCCCUGGGCCAUGGCCCGCCAGAUGAGAUUUUGAGCAGCGCUUUCAAGUUGCGAAUCACCCGAGGAGAUAUCCAGACCUUAAAGAACUAUCACUGGCUCAAUGAUGAGGUCAUUAAUUUUUAUAUGAAUCUUUUAGUGGAAAGGAGUAAAAAGCAAGGCUAUCCAGCACUUCACGCAUUCAGUACAUUCUUCUAUCCUAAGUUAAAGUCUGGAGGUUACCAAGCAGUGAAAAGAUGGACCAAAGGGGUGAAUCUCUUCGAACAAGAGCUUGUUCUGGUACCUAUUCAUCGGAAGGUACAUUGGAGCCUGGUGGUGAUGGACCUGAGAAAAAAGUGUCUUAAAUAUCUAGAUUCUAUGGGACAGAAAGGCCACAGGAUCUGUGAGAUUCUUCUUCAGUAUUUACAGGAUGAAAGCAAGACCAAAAGAAAUACAGAUCUCAAUCUCUUAGAGUGGACCCACUACAGCAUGAAGCCACAUGAGAUUCCUCAACAGUUGAAUGGGAGUGACUGUGGAAUGUUUACUUGUAAAUAUGCAGAUUAUAUUUCUAGGGACAAGCCUAUCACAUUUACUCAGCACCAGAUGCCUCUCUUCCGGAAGAAGAUGGUGUGGGAAAUCCUCCACCAGCAGUUGCUGUGACACUGCCCCACCUGGUCUUCCAGCUGCUGCUGGUUCUUUCAUGGAUGUUUCCAUAUACCUCAUGCAUUGUGGGUUAAAAAGUCCCCGAUCAUUUCUCUUCUCUCACAGGUACUGAGCUCUCAAGAGUGCAUGAAGGCCUCUCCUCAGUGGCCCUUACUAGAGGUGUGGAGGGGCUGCUUGCAACCCUGUUUGUAAGGCUGUGCCUGCUCAGAGCCCUGAACUGUUCACCCCAUAUAAGAACAAAUGCUAAUUAAUGUGUUCUGUUUUAAAGCGUUAUUUCCAUAUGAAUGUGGGAAAUGCAGGAUUUGUUAUAUGAAUUGUUCUCUCUGUGUGUUCACACGUAUUCACUCAUUUGCAAACACUGGGCAGUGCCCCUUUCCCACUGCUCUUUUAUAAUUAGCUAUAAAUAAUUUGUUUGGACUAUUUAUUUCUGAAAAGAAUGUUAAUCAAACUGCGCUCCCUGCUGCAGAGAGAUAUCAGCAGGAGGAGGAAGGAAGUCUUCACUAGCUUCUCUGAUGCUGGAGUGGGAACUACCAACACAGUUAAGGUUCUCUCUUUUAAGGCUUGAAAAUGCCUGAAGACAUGACGCUGCUCUGCUGUAGGGGUCUGGAUGCCCUUCAGAGAGUCUGAUGCUAUGAAAUGGGCACAGUUCAUGGAAAUGUGGCCAAGGAACGCAGUCUGUGCGUCCUCAAAAUGCUCAUCUUAGAGACUUUCUUUUCUAGAACUGAAGUAGCCUGGCUUCCUCUUGAAACUGGAUUCAAAGUAACUGUGACCAUAAAUGUUAAGUCCUAGGUGUGGUGAGUGAGCCUCACCAUGGUAAGGGCCGGUCUGAGCGUUGAUUUCAGAAGAUGCUCCUCAAUUUAAGCCUAUUUUUCCUCAGAGUUUUUUUAAAAUAUAUAUAUAUAUAUAUAAAGCUGAAAUUAAGUUCUUGGCUCAUCAGCAUGCCCUGUGCAGCCCCACUGAGCCUUUUGCAGAGAGAUUUAGUACUUGGCUCUGAGGUUGCCGGGUUUACAGUCAUCUAUUUUGCAUAUGAAAGUUUGUAUUUAACUUUUUUGUUCAUUAAAAAUCUUACAGAUGUGGUUAUGCAUUUUUAAUUUCAGAAAGUUGGUCAGAGCAUAUUUUGCAAGAUCUAGUGCCUAGUGUUGCUUUUACGAUGUAAUAAAAGACUGUCUGGCAGAACCUAGAAUUAUAUCCUGAUAAUUUUUCCUCUUUUCUCUGCUUCAACCUUCCAAACUUGUUCUGGUACAAAAAGAGAGAGAGAGAAAAUUAGAUAAGCUAUACACAUGUUAGAUAAAUAUUCACAUCUGCUCGUGGAAAGCCUGGGCAGCUGAUUGCAGGUUGUAGCUAUUGAAACCUGUUUUAGCCUAUUUUCUCUGAGACCUGAAGUGGCCUUGGUUACAGAAGCUGGGCCUGUGAUAUGGACUGAAAUGGCUGAGCCCAGGUGGCCUAGCCAGACUGGAGAGCAUGUGGUCUAAUAACUCAGGGGUAGACUGUGUUGUACCCUUCCCAAGGCAGACUUCACAGGACCCCUUCCUUAGCCUAGACCCUAAGAGCUGUGCCAGUGAUGCCAGGAUCAGGCAGCUGGCCUAACCGAAAGAGACCAGAAGUUGAUCGUGUCUACACUACUAAAAACUUCGUGCUAGAAUGUUACCUGAGAACUUAUGACCCAGGCCUAUCCAAGUGGCUACCUGACCUGAGUUUGACCCCCAGUACCCACACUGGAAGGCGAAGACAGACCUCCAUACUUGCACACACUAACCGAUGGACCAAAAUAGUAAUAAGUAAAUACAUUUGAAAGGAAUUUUAAGGGCCUUGGGUAGGUUUGUUCCUGUUGGCUCAUCCCUGCUUGGAUAGUGAUUUAUUCUCUGCCCAGGUGAGUGAUGCUGUAACUAAUGUGGCAUUUGAAGGGUGUCCUCAAGUUUGCCACCGGUGUGUGCUUUUGACAUGUAUUCUUAAGCUUCAUCUUCUCCAGCCUAGCUGGAGAGAUGGUUCGGGGGUGAGGUCAGAAUUGACUUUUAGUUUCAGCCCAGUUUGUCUGUAACAAGCAAGCUGGGCACCUGCUCACAUCUGUAAUCCCAGUUCCCAGUGAACAGAGGCAAGAUCAUUAGACCCUUCCUGGGAGGAACAGGAAGGGUGAUGGGGGAUAACUUUACUCUCUUCCGGCUUCUCAUCACACAUCUUCCUAUAGGUAUACAGUAAUUUUUAUAGAACAUAGAAAAUACCAAAGUACAGAAUGUUAAGUUCAACGGCACUGCUUUACCUGUGUCUGAAGCCAAGCUAAGGUACCAGAAGCCACGGCUCUUAGGCACUCAUGUCUCUGUACAAACAAGUGUGUGCAUUAACAGAAUUGUUACAUUCAGCGUAUGAGAAGAAUAAAAAUAACUGAUAAACAG